AUGCAGUCAAGUCCUUUGCUUCUUCAGGAGCCUAUUAGGAUGGCUUCCAUCCUAGAGCCAUCCAAACCUACUUUCUUUCCGGCUAUGACUAAAAUUGUAGGCACACUUGGUCCGAAUUCACGAUCUGUUGAUACUAUUACCCGAUGCCUCGAUGCAGGAAUGUCUGUCGCGAGGUUUGACUUCUCAUGGGGUGAUUCGGAAUACCACCAAGAGACAUUGGAAAAUUUAAGGGAUGCUAUCAAAACCUCACAAAAACUCUGCGCGGUUAUGCUCGAUAUCGUGGGUCCAGAAUUACAAGUUGUGAAUAAAACUGAUCACCCAAUUACCCUUGAAGCAGGCACAUUACUUGUUUUAACUCCGGAUCAAAACAAAGAAGCUACUUCAAAUCUACUACCAGUAAAUUAUAGCAGCCUAUCAAAGGCUGUGAAGAAGGGUGAUACUAUUUUUAUCGGUAAAUAUUUGUUUACCGGAAGUGAAACAACAUCUGUAUGGCUGGAGGUCAGCGAGGUGAAUGGGGAUGAUGUAACUUGUCUCAUAAAAAACGACGCUACACUUUCUGGCUCAUUGUAUACUCUACAUGUCUCUCAGAUUCGUAUUGAUCUUCCUACUCUUACAGAUAAGGAUAAAGAGGUAAUACGCACGUGGGGUGUUCAAAACAAAAUAGACUUCCUUGCCUUGUACACCCGGCGCGCUGAAGAUGUUCGCCAUGCCCGUGAAUUUAUCUCGAAAUUCGAAAACCUCAAGCAGACACAUAUUUUUGCAAAGAUUGAAAAUAUAGAGGGAUUGAAACAUUUUAAUGAAAUAUUGAGUGAAGCGGAUGGCAUCAUUGUCUCUCGUGGAAAUUUAGGGAUAGAUCUCCCGCCUGAGAAGGUGUUUUUGUUCCAAAAAGCGGCUAUUUUUAAGUGUAAUAUGGCGGGAAAGCCAGUUGUUGUCACGCGUGUGGUGGAUUCUAUGACUAAUAACCUGAGACCUACUCGAGCUGAAGCAACUGAUGUUGCCAAUGCAGUGUUGGAUGGCAGUGAUGCAAUUCUCCUUGGAGCCGAGACCCUUAUUGGAUUAUACCCUGUGGAAACCAUUUCUACAGUUGGAAAAAUUUGCGCCGAAGCUGAGAAAGUUUACAAUCAAGACUUGUAUUUUAAGAAAGCUGUCAAAUAUGUCGGAGAGCCAAUGAGCCACCUAGAAUCAAUAGCUUCCUCUGCGGUUCGAGCAGCCGUCAAGGUUAAGGCAUCUGUUAUCAUUUGUUUCACAUCAUCUGGAAGGGCUGCAAGGUUGCUUGCUAAGUACAGACCAACCAUGCCUGUGAUAUCUGUUGUCAUUCCUCAAUUGAAGACAAAUCAACUACGAUGGACAUUCACCGGCGCUGUUCAGGCUAGGCAAUCUCUUAUUGUGAGAGGUCUUUUCCCUAUGUUGGCAGAUCCUCGACACCCCACCGAGUUUAAUGCUGGAACAAACGAAUCGAUUUUGAAGAUUGCUUUAGACCAUGGGAAGGCUUUUGGCAUCAUAAAGCCACAUGAUCGAGUCGUUGUUUGCCAGAAAGUUGGUGAUUCUUCAGUUGUGAAGAUUAUUGAGCUUGAAGAUUAG